AUGUCUUGCUGCGGUGGCGCCGAGGAGGACAGCUACGGCCCGCCGGCCAACCAGGCGGUUCCGCCACCCAAUGCCAACGCCCCCGGCAACAGAGGCGGGCCGAGGGGACCGGGCGCGCCCAGGGUCGGCGGCCCCGCCAAGCCCGUCAGCAUCGACGUGCCCGCCAUCCCCUUCGACGAGCUCAAGAAGAUCACCAACAACUUCAGCGACCGCGCCCUCAUCGGCGAGGGCUCCUACGGCCGCGUCUACAACGCCACGCUCAGCGACGGCCGCGCCGCCGUCAUCAAGAAGCUCGACACCAGCGCCUCGCAGGACUCCGACACCGACUUCGCCGCGCAGAUAGCGAUGGUCUCCAAGCUCAAGAACGAGUAUUUCCUGGAGCUCCUGGGGUACUGCUUGGAGGACGGCAACCGCAUGCUAGCCUAUCAGUUCGCCACCAUGGGUUCUUUGCAUAACAUACUACAUGGGAAGAAAGGUGUUCAGGGUGCAGAGCCUGGUCCCGUUCUCAACUGGGCUCAGCGAGUGAAGAUAGCUUACGGAGCAGCAAGAGGGCUAGAGUACCUGCACGAGAAAGUCCAGCCGUCGAUCGUUCACCGAGACAUCCGGUCCAGUAACGUCCUCAUAUUCGACGAUUUCAGCUCCAAGAUUGCUGAUUUCAACCUCACCAACCAGGGGACCGACACCGCCGCGCGGUUGCACUCCACUCGCGUGCUAGGGACUUUUGGAUACCAUGCCCCAGAAUACGCUAUGACAGGCCAGAUCAACCAAAAGAGUGAUGUUUACAGCUUCGGCGUGAUCCUUCUAGAGUUGCUGACCGGAAGGAAGCCGGUCGAUCACACCAUGCCGAAAGGCCAGCAAAGUCUUGUUACUUGGGCCACUCCAAGGUUGAGUGAAGAUAAAGUGAAGCAGUGUGUUGAUCCGAAGCUCAACAGUGAUUACCCUCCAAAGGCUGUUGCAAAGCUGGCAGCAGUUGCAGCGUUGUGCGUUCAGUAUGAAUCCGACUUCCGACCAAACAUGACCAUCGUGGUGAAGGCCAUCACGCCUCUUCUAAACGCACCUAAACCAGCCGCUCCAGCAGCAGCGCCACAAUCCUGA